AGGUUGGUUGUCCCCGGAGGGGAACACUUGGACAAAGACCCGAAAAGGGACUGAGCUAUUUAGGACUGACUAUUCUUUAGUGGAGCUGACUUUGAAAUUAGAUAUACAUAAAUACAUGAACCUUAUUUAAUGAGCAUGGAUUAUGCAAUGUAUUUUAUUUUGAUGACGACAGCCUUCAUCUCACAGGUGAUAGCUAUCUGUCCCGCGACAUGUGAGUGUCCCGCGGGCCACCCGGUGUGCCCUCCGGGGAUUAGCACUGUGCCAGAUGGAUGCGGGUGCUGCAAGGUGUGCGCCGCGCAGCUUAACCAAGACUGCAGUUCCAUGAAGCCUUGCGACCAUCACAAAGGGCUGGAGUGCAAUUACGGCAACGACAUCACACAGGCUUGGGGCGUGUGCCGAGCCAAAUCGGAAGGACGCACGUGCGACUACAGCGGCAGGAUCUACCAGAAUGGCGAGAGCUUCCGCGUGGGCUGCAAGCACCAGUGUACCUGCCUGGAUGGCGCCGUGGGCUGCGCGCCCCUUUGUGACCACAACCUUCCACCGGCGUCGCCAUCGUGCCCCUUCCCUCAGCUGGUCAGAAUGCCCGGCCGGUGUUGCUUCACCGUGGACUGCCACAAAGACAUCUGGCGCCUUCCAAACAAACACAACCCAAAGAUGACCUUUCCGAAACGACUGCAACCCAAACCACAGCGCCGACCCACGCCUCGGCCUCAUGAAAACGAUCUUCCGGCGACCAAUGAGAUUGUGCCCCUUCACACGACUGGCUGGGAGGCUGAACGUGGCUACAAAUACCUACCUGUGUGGGGCAACCAGAAGAAGUGUCACAUCCUCACCACCGAUUGGUCCCAGUGUUCGCGGAGCUGCGGGACGGGCAUCUCCUCCCGCCUCUCGAACAAGAACCCCCAGUGCAAGCUGGAGAGAGAGACCAGACUGUGUACAGUGCGGCCUUGCAGCGCCACGCAGCCUCUUCCGAGCAAGAGAGGCAGGAAGUGCUCCGCCAUGCAAAAAUCCCCGUCGCCCCUCCGCCUGUCCUUUGGCAAGUGCGUCAGCGUGCGCCUCUACCGGCCCAACUUCUGCGGCCAGUGUCGGGACGGACGUUGCUGCUCGCCGCGCCGCACCCGCACCCUGCCAAUCGACCUGGCCUGCCCGGAUGGCCAGCGCCUGAGAAAGUCGGCCAUGUUCAUCCAGUCGUGCAAAUGCAGCGAGGAGGCCUGCGGCCACCUGAACGACGUGGCCCUGCCGCCGCAGCGCUGGAUGCACGGUGACACGUACAAAUUCAUAGACAAACAGUGAUUUUAUUUCAGUUUUGAUGCGGAGCACGAUGACGUGCCAGGUUUGACAGUGGAUGGGAGGAAGGGCCCUGGUUGGUGUGUGUGUGUGUGGCCCAGGGUGCCUUUGUUCAGACGUGGGAGCUAAAUUAAAGCCCUGAUGCAGCCCCGGACACUUCCCUCCUUCACGAGGGAUAAGCGUGCUUAUUCCGACUUGGAUAUUUUGAGACCCUCCCGACAGGCCGGCCGCAAGAGGAAAUGCUUUGCAAGGCACUUUGAAAACUGACUUUGAACUUCAGCGGCAAUGCAAAAGGACCUAAUAUGUUAAGUGGGUUUCACACAAUUUUUCUGUGGUGUACAGUGAACCCUGAAUUAAUUUUUUUUUCAGGUGGUGGG